UUAGGCCAAGUUAACUGUAACACCAGAUGACAUCGGAUUAUUCGGAACAGAUUAUGCGAUUAGAGGCUGGUGGGCUCUCUACUCGGAUUACUGGAUAAAAGGUAAUGUCAGAUUAUUGUUUUUUUUUUUAUUUCGUGCUCUCUGAAUUUAAUUGGGCAAAUUAUAUAAACAUAUUUAUGGAUUUAAACGUUACCCCCCCCCCUUCCUCCCCAGCAUUUGUCUCUUGAUCACUUGUAACAAAAAUUAAGGGUCAUCCAUAUAAUUCGUUCGCACAUUUUUUUUUUUUUUAAAAGUGAAAAAAGCCAUGUUAUGCCACGUCAAAAUUUACGUCACAAGACCAUAACUUGAAUGUGUACAAUGGUGUACAGUGUGUUGUCAUUAGACUAAAUAAAAAAAAAUGAAGCGUUUCAAUUGUGUGAAAAUACACUGAAAUAGAUAGCGUCGUGUAUGACUAUGAUUAGCACCCAUCGUGGUGAUAUUUUUAAAGAUUUCUUGUAAUAUAGUAAGAAAUCAUUGAUUUCAAAGAUUUUUCACGGCUGGCCUUAUAAGACACAUUAGAGACUGUCAGAAUUUCAGCAGAUCUAUUGUAGAAUGUGUACAUUAAUUGUAGUACUUUCUGGAGAAAACCCCCCUCUCGGCCAUACGCAUGUGUACGCAAAAUUUAAAAAACAAAAUCAAGAUUUAGUCGAAUGUAAAGGUCAUGUGUAGCAGUUUACUCAGAUUGAAAACAGAUCAUGAACAAGAGAAAUGGGAGUCUUUAAAUUCCCAAUGGGGUCAUCGUAUCUUUUUUGUGACUCAUUUAUGUCCUUUCCAUUUGUCUUGUCGCCCCCACCCCCCCCCCCCCCCCCCCCCCAUCCAGGCUAUAACCGAAUGUUUGGGACGUGUGUGUAAAAAAAAGGGGCUGAUCUAAAGCAUUAGGCCAUCAUUUGAAGCAAGAGUUGAACAACGUGAGCACCAUGGCCCGUGCGUCCAUCCGCGCCGUGGUCGGACUGCUGGCGUGCUGGAUUGCGGUCAGCAGGGGAGCCGCGGUCAACACCUACGUCAACGGGGACGGGAAAAGUGUCUACUACAGCGCCCUCUUCUGCAACGGGUACGUCGUCAACACCCGUCUGUUAGCGUUACACCAGUUUCGGUUCCUGGCUUGUCCAGAAAGGAAACGUAUUGUUUAAACGGAUAACAGCUCAACACUUUUGGCCCUCCGAGCAACGCGGGCAUACGGGGGGGGGGGGGGGGUGCUUUCGUUGGAAAUUCUAAACAGUUGCAUCAAACCUAACACCAAAUACGCCCCACUUCAUAUCAAAUGCGCAAGACCUCACAUUAGAUACCGUCACACUUCACAUCACACACGUCCUACGUCAGAUCGCAUGCGCCAUACUUUACAUCAGAGACGUCAUACCUCACAUCACAUACGUCAUACGUCACAUUAGAUACGUCACGCAUCAGAUCAAAUACGUCAUACUUUAAAUUUAAUAUGUCAUACUUCACAUCAAAUAUGCCACACUUCAUAUCAAAUACGUCAUACUGCACAUCAAAUACGUCAUACUUUAAAUCAUAUACGUCAUACUACACGUCAAAUACGUCAUACUUCGAUCAAAUACGUCAAGCUACACAUAAAAUACGUCAUACUUCACUUCAAAUACGUCAUACUUUAAAUAAAUUACGUCAUGUUUUAAAUCAAAUACGUUUCAUACUUCACAUCAAAUACGUCAUUCUUUAAAUCAAAUGCGUCAUACUUUAAAUCAAAUACGUCAUACUUUAAAUCAAAUACGUCAUACUACACAUCAAAUACGUCAUAUUACACAUCAAAUACGUCAUACUUCACAUCUACUACGUCACACCUCACGUCGCAUUUACUACACGUCAUACUUUACAUAAUAGAGAUACAAAUCCAGACCCAAAAAUCGAUGUCCAUCAAUAGCUUAAUGUCUAAACAUUCCCCCACAAUGCUUCCAUCCGUCGAUCCAUCCAUUCAUUCAUCCAUCUAUCCAUUCUUUCCUCCAUCCGUCCAGUGGAUUCCUCAACUCUGCCUACCUGCAAUACAUCAGAAGCACGUACACCACAAGAGACAACGCGGAGUGCUGUUUCCUCGAGGACUCCCGGAACAGCUGCUGCCUCAACAGUGAGUCGUUCUCGGAUACCUACCAGAUCAUUCGGGAGCCUGUGCCUUGCACCGAAACUCAAUAUCUAUCAAAUAUAACGCUACGUUACAUUCAGUACUCAGCCUUGACAGAUAUAACUUACUUAUUUUAUCUUUAGAGACAACUUGUCAACUGCGGACCGAACGCCUUAAAAAAAAAUGUUCUCCUAUCUCUCUCGGAACUCAUGUAAAUGUUUUAGAAUUCUGCUAGGUUCAGAGGCGUAGCGUGGUGGGGGUAGGGGGGACAGAUGUCCCCGGGCGCCAGCUAGUUAGGGGCGCAAAAAUGUGCUUUUAUAUUAUUUUAUUGAAGAAAAUAAUGGGUUUGAGAGUUGAAAAAAAAAAAAGGGGCGCUUUAAAAUGGAUCUUGUCCCCGGGCGCGAAUCUUGUCCCCGGGCGCCAAACACCCUCGCUACGCCACUGGGUAGGUUGAAUAUAAAGUGGGGGUAGGGGGGAAAGAUGGCCCCGGGCGCCAGCUAGUUAGGGGCGAAAAAAUGUGCUUUUAAAUUAUUUUAUUGAAGAAAAUAAUGGGUUUGAGGGUUGAAAAAAAAAAAAAGGGGCGCUUUAAAAUGGAUCUUGUCCCCGGGCGCGAAUCUUGUCCCCGGGCGCCAAACACCCUCGCUACGCCACUGGGUAGGUUGAAUAUAAUUUGUUACAAGUUCGCGCUAAAAAAAUAUGUGUCCGCCCUAACACUAGCUACGCCACUGAAACCAUAAAAUCAUAUACUAUUUUGUAAUUAUUGUUUAACUGCCUAUAUUGUGAGUGUAAUGACGUUUCUCUAUGCAGCCAAUGGAUCGACAACGGAGUGUAGAUGCAGUCAGUCCGUCACCUGUGGCA